UUCUCCCCCUCUAAAACGUUUCCACUCACGCCUCUGGUUCACUUUCAAGUUUCAAAUUCACUGAAAAGCUUAUAGAGAAAGAGGAAGAGACACACACAAAUUCACAUCAAUGGCCUCUAGAUAUCUCACCGUCGCAAAGCUUUUCCGAUCUAAUUGGUCGUUCACGGUGGCCGCCUCUCCUUUCGCCGGCCACCAUCACUCUUUCAGCUCCUCCGGCGAUUCAGACUACCACACUCGCUCUCAGCCCUCCCGAGGACGUGCUCUUAAGUUGACAAUGCUAGCUCAGAUGAAACAUCCCUUUCUGAAUAAAGGUAUAGAUUCGAUGUGCCAAGCAAUAGAAUACGAGCGAGAGGCAAUUGUUAAGGUUGACAUGCCCGGAAUCGCGAAAGAAGGUCUCGACAUUAAGGUCAAAAAACUUGCAAUCCACAUCGAAGGGAAGGCAGAGAAAGAAGAUGAAGAUGAGGACGAAAUGGGAGUGAGGGGAUACUCUGGUGUAAUUGAUCUUCCUCGGGGUAUUUACAACACCGAUGAAAUCAAGGCCACCAUUAAGAUGGGUAUUCUCAAAAUAGUGAUCCCCAAGAUGGAUGGCGUCUCAAUUCUCUCUGCAACGCCGAUCUCGUUUCGUGGCGUGCCGGCCCCCUACUCAACCACCACGAAUGAGAGACGUGUGAAGGAUGUAUUCAAUAUUUAAGGAUUUGUAUGUGCAUUGGCCAUCCAAUUGUGUGAUUUAAGUUCCGAAAAGCAUGGAGGACUAUUGGUUUCUUUUGUGGUGGCACAACAUUUAUAGGUAAUAGAUCCUUUGGCCAAUGAACUCUAAAUUCAGAACUUUUCAUUUAGGGAGGUGAUGGUGAAUACUGUGAAGUUUAUAUGACAUGGAAGUAUUUGAUAUCUGAGAAUAUAUAGAGAAAGAGGAAGAGACACACACAAAUUCACAUCAAUGGCCUCUAGAUAUCUCACCGUCGCAAAGCUUUUCCGAUCUAAUUGGUCGUUCACGGUGGCCGCCUCUCCUUUCGCCGGCCACCAUCACUCUUUCAGCUCCUCCGGCGAUUCAGACUACCACACUCGCUCUCAGCCCUCCCGAGGACGUGCUCUUAAGUUGACAAUGCUAGCUCAGAUGAAACAUCCCUUUCUGAAUAAAGGUAUAGAUUCGAUGUGCCAAGCAAUAGAAUACGAGCGAGAGGCAAUUGUUAAGGUUGACAUGCCCGGAAUCGCGAAAGAAGGUCUCGACAUUAAGGUCAAAAAACUUGCAAUCCACAUCGAAGGGAAGGCAGAGAAAGAAGAUGAAGAUGAGGACGAAAUGGGAGUGAGGGGAUACUCUGGUGUAAUUGAUCUUCCUCGGGGUAUUUACAACACCGAUGAAAUCAAGGCCACCAUUAAGAUGGGUAUUCUCAAAAUAGUGAUCCCCAAGAUGGAUGGCGUCUCAAUUCUCUCUGCAACGCCGAUCUCGUUUCGUGGCGUGCCGGCCCCCUACUCAACCACCACGAAUGAGAGACGUGUGAAGGAUGUAUUCAAUAUUUAAGGAUUUGUAUGUGCAUUGGCCAUCCAAUUGUGUGAUUUAAGUUCCGAAAAGCAUGGAGGACUAUUGGUUUCUUUUGUGGUGGCACAACAUUUAUAGGUAAUAGAUCCUUUGGCCAAUGAACUCUAAAUUCAGAACUUUUCAUUUAGGGAGGUGAUGGUGAAUACUGUGAAGUUUAUAUGACAUGGAAGUAUUUGAUAUCUGAGAAUAUGUAGGUUUGUUUUCUUUUGAAUUUUGUGUUCUGUAAUCCCUAUUGGUUUGACCAUGGAAUACCAUAUUAGUUUUUUUUUUUUUUUUUUUUUUUAACUCCAACUGAAAUUUAAUUAAUGCUAGUGAGUUUUAACUUUUACCUUUUACAA